AACCGUUGAAUUUACUGAUUUCAUUUUAUACAACCACUGGCAAUGUUCUUGGAAACGCGUAUUCUGUUUCUAGGGGUAUUUCAAGCGAUCAACGUGUAUUUUCGGGUGACAGGCAGACACAUUGGAAAUGAACAUGUUACUCAGACUCAAGGACACGUUGAAUCGAAUUUUACAGAGUAUAGCAUAGAUUGUAUGGAAACCGAGUUUACGAGACACAAUGCUGAAAGUUUGCCGGACGAAUGGGAUGUACCAAGUAAUAAAAUAGAAAUCAGAAACCGUUUUGUAACCUGGUCAUACCCAAUUCAAGAUAAAAGCAAUUUAACAGGUUUCAAGGUAUGGUUUACUGACUGGGAAACUGAAAGUUGCAAACUUUUAUUGUUGAAUAAUACUCCUCAUAACUUAAUGAAUUUAAAAACGCACUUGCCAGAUAGAUUCAAGAGUACGCCUGCACUGUCAGUAUUUGUCUAUCCACUUGUAGAAAUAGGCUCAAUAAAACACGUGCAGUGGAAAGGUCUUUCGUUUUUAAAUGUAUCUGGGAACAGCAUUAAAGUUGUUUUUGAUCUACAGCAUAUAAGGUCCAUGGACUUCAGUCUGUACAGGAAGAAUGGAAAGCUUGUCUAUUUAAAACGUCUUUACGGAUCAAUGGUUGAGGUGAAGCAUCUUUCAAAAGGAGUCUAUUUCUUUCAGCUGGAUGGUAUAGAAAGUAAUAUGUCUUCAGACCACUGCCCUUGUUAUGUUGAAACUUUGGGCAAGAAAAAGUGUCUAACAUGUGAAAGAAAAAAAAGUUUAGAGUUUCAUGUCCCAGGCGAGCAGUCGAGUAUUUAGAUAGAGUGGUUGAUGUUGUACAGUGUAUUUGUAUUUUUAAUUAGUGGUUUUGCUUGAAUAAAAUGUGUUUUGUGUGCAAUUGUAUUAUUUUUCUUUUUUAUUUUCUAGUUAAUUUUACUUCAAUAAAUAUUUUCUAAACUAUAUUAUUCACAGAAUAUAUAUAAAUUUAAUUUUAGAAAUUUAAAAAAGAGCACGAAACGCUGUACUCAUCAACAAGCGAUCUUUCUCAUGUCAAGAGUACACAAUAAAAUCUAUCAUAGCUUGAAUCUUGCUUUUAAAUUAGUGGUUUUGCU